AUGAAAAAGAUUUAUGAUUUUCUAAAGGACACUAACUAAAAGUUGUUUCAGUUGCGCUUGAUCCUAAAUUAACAAAAAUUAGAGGCUUUUAUGUGCAGAAUGUUUAGAGAACACAGAAAUAAAGGCAAAAGUGGUUGCUUUAAAGAUAAUUAUUUAAUAUAUUUAAGAUAGUUUGGUAAAGAAGAUGGAGAGAAAUAAAAAUAUAAUAAUGAAUUAAGUAAAAUAAAUUGA